AUGGCCCCCAUAGUCGACAUCCACACCCACAUGUACCCGCCCGAGUACAUCGACCUCCUCUCCACCCGCACCGACCUCCCCCUCGUCCGCACAUUCCCCUCCUCCCCCGACCCGCGCCUCAUCCUGCUCGAAUCCGAGCUGCCCUCCCUCCAGCGCGCCCUCGCCGACCCGUCUGCCCCGCUCCCCGGCCGGUCUCUCACCAAACACUUCACCUCACUCCCCGCCAAACUCUCCUUCAUGGCCCGCCACGGCAUCACCACCUCCGUGGUGUCCCUCGCCAACCCCUGGCUGGAUUUCCUCUCACCCGAGGACGCUGGCCCCGUGGCGAAGCGGAUAAAUGAGUCGUUCGAGGCAAUGUGUGUCGCACACCCGGGGAAACUGUUCUUCUUCGGCGCGCUACCGCUCAUCAACACCCCCGGCACCGAAUCAGCCCAAGACCAAACCCAACAAACCAUCCUAACCGCCAUCACCCACCUCACCACCCUCCCCCACUGCCGCGGCAUCAUCCUCGGCACCUCCGGCCUCGGCGCCGGUCUCGACGACCCGCGCAUGCUCCCCAUCUUCACCUCCCUCGCAGCCGCGCAACUGCCCGUGUUUCUCCACCCGCACUACGGCCUACCGACGUCAGUCUUCGGCCCCCGCGCGGACGACUACGGACAUGUACUGCCGCUGGCGUUGGGGUUUCCGAUGGAGACGACGGUGGCGGUGGCAAGGAUGUUUUUGGCCGGGGUGUUUGAUGCGGUGGAUGGGUUGAGGAUGAUUUUGGCGCAUUCGGGGGGGACGCUGCCGUUUUUGGCGGGGAGGAUUGAGAGUUGUGUUGUGCAUGAUGCUGGGUUGGCUGCCGCGGCGGCGAAAGCUGCUGGAAAGGGGGAUGGGGAGGGGGAGCGUGUCAGGAAGAGACGGACGUUGUGGGAGGUGUUAAGGCAGCAGAUUUAUUUGGAUGCGGUGGUGUACAGUGAUGUGGGGUUGAAAGCGGCGGCGGAUGCUACGGGAGCCGGGGCGGAGAGGUUGAUGUUUGGGACGGAUCACCCGUUUUUCCCGCCGGUGGGGGAGAAAGCGGACGGGGCGGAUGAUGAGGAGUGGGAGAGUGUGCAGUGGAAUGUGGACGCGGUGAUCAGGGCGUUUGGUGAGGGGAGUAAGGAGGCUGAGCUGGUGUUGGGGGUGAAUGCGGCGACGGUGUUGAGGUUGGAUGUGUAA